UCCUUGGGUGAGGAAAUGGUGAGCAAAUCUCAGAGAGGAUCACUGAUGGGCACUCUUUCCUUCCCACAGCUGGAUGGGAAUGGGAACAGCAGCUUUGCUUUUGCCAUUUGUCAGGGCACUCUGUGAUCUUGUUUCUGGAGCAGGAGGAGUUAUAUUGGAGUCCAGCACUGAUUUUGUCUCAGCAAGGAAUGACUGGGCAGAUAUCAGGUAUUUCUUUAGGCCAUCUGUUCUUGCAUCCUGGACACUCUGAUGUGCUCUGCAGGUUGUAUAGCUCCCUGCAGGUUCAGCUGAGGAAGGCAUAAGGUGUCCAUGUGCCACAGGAGUCUGUGGGAGGAGAGCAAACACGAGGAGGCUGUGCUUGAGAGCCGGAAAUGCCCCUGUUAUCAGCAGGUAACAGUAGCUUAUCAAGAGGUGCAAAAAGAAGGAAACAAUUCACAAAAUAAUGAAGGGGGAAAAUGGCAGGAGGAAAAAUUAAAUGGACAACAGAGACAGCAGAGAACAGAUCAGUCUGACAUGUCCUUUGAGGAACUCCUGAGGGUGCAGAGUGAUGCAAGGACUAGAGUGAGCAGGAAGGUGCCUGGUAGGAAGAAAACUGCAAAGCCUACCAAAGCUACACUGAAGCAGCAACAAGGCAAAAAGGGGCCAUUGGAGAUGUCAGCCAAGAAGCCUGUACCUUUCCUGCGACAAGUUGUCCCUGUUAGGAAGAAGGUCCAGAGAGACCCUCGAUUUGAUGACCUGUCUGGAGAGUAUAAGCCUGAAAUAUUUAUGAAGACAUACAGCUUCCUGGACAGCAUCAAGAAGCAGGAGAAGGAGAUGGUUCAGAAGCAGCUGAAGAAAUGCCGGAACAUGGAACAGAAGGAGAAACUUCAGCGGCUCCUGAACCGUAUGACACAGCAGGAACAGGCACAGAAAAAACAGCAGAAGUUGAGAGAGAGGGAGCUGUCUUUGAAAAGACAACAGAGGGAAUUGGCCAAGCAGGGAAAGAAACCCUUCUUCCUAAAGAAAUCUGAGAAGCGGAAAUUGGAGCUAGCCGAGAAGUAUGCAGAGCUGAAGAGGAGUGGAAAGCUGGAGAGCUUCCUGAACAAGAAGAGGAAGAGGAAUGCCAUCAAAGACAAGCGCCAUCUGCCCUCACAGAAGAACUUGUAACUGUUGGACAGUCGUGCUGUUGUCUGGCACUGGCUUAUUCUGCCUUGGCCAGGCCUGGAGGAUGGAUAUCCCUCUUUCCAGGAUCUGCCUGCCACUGUACAGUGAUGCUGUAAGGCAGCAGGGCAGGGGCUGAACUGAAGGAACUAAUGAGUUUUUUUAUAGCUGAACUACCUGCUUUGCUUGUGGUUGAGAUCAUGCCUGGGUGGUGACAAGUGUGUCAUGCAGAUGCUGAUGGUGAUGACAGCUGUCUUUGCCCUUGCACCUGCUCAUUUCUAACUCCAGCAAGGAAAGCGUGAGUCCUGCCCUACACUGCUGGCUCUACUCCAGGUUCUUUCAGACUUCCACUGAGGCAGAAUAGGAUGUGGGACAAUCCCUGCUCACAGCAGCAACCCUGACUUCAGAUCAGGUUGCCCAGGGCUGCUUUGGUGGGAUCUAGUAAUGUCCAAGGACAGAUACCUUCACCUCUCUUGGCCUCUGCUCUACUGCUUCAGGUUCUCAAGAUGGAACUUUUUGUUCCCUCAUCCAGGAAACCUGCCCGGUGUUAGUCCACAAUCAUUGUCUUGUUCUCAGUGAAGUGCCUGGCUCUGUCUUCUCAGCAGCUCUGUCACAGGUCUGAGGAGUGGGUGGGAAAGGGGUGCUGUAAGGUCUCCCCAAAGUUUUUUCUUCCUAAGGGCAAAUGAAUCCUGUUUCCUCAGCCUUUCCUAGCAGUGCUCCAGCCUCUGACACCUUUCACAUACUGAACUGGAGUCAGCCCAGACAACCAACCAUCUUUUGGUGGCCCAGCAUGGAUCAGUGUCUGGAAGUAGUCUCACAAGUGAUGAGUAAAGGUGAGAGGAUCACUCCCUGUGGGCUGCUCCUGGUGAUGCAGAUCUAGGUGUGCCUGGCCUUCCUCACACAUGGGGCAUGCUGUGACUGCUCAGCUAUUGCUGCUUGGGAUCUCUCCUUCAGAGCAGCUUGGUUUCUCAGGGUCAUCUCCACAGGGUUAUUAUUGCUUCAAGAAACUGAUCCUGUAUGGAAUAAAGUACCUGUUUUCCUUUA